AAACAGAUUACGUCACUCUCCCGCGACACACUAAUUUUCCACCGUGAUAGCAGCGGCACGAUGGAAGUGUGCGACUCUUCAAAUGUUUCCUUGAGAGAGUUUGGUUGUGAACAGAGUUUACUGUCUCGACCUGACGGUUCAGCGUCCUUCGUCCAAGGAGACACAAGUGUGUUGGCCGGAGUGUACGGACCAGCUGAGGUCAAAGUCAGCAAGGAGAUCUAUGACCGGGCGACACUGGAGGUGUUGGUACAGCCCAAAGUGGGACUGCCAAGUGUAAGGGAGCGAUCACAAGAGCAAUGUGUGCGAGAAACCUGUGAGGCCUCUCUGCUCAUGUCACUUCAUCCUCGCUCCUCCCUCACUCUCAUUCUUCAGGUGUUACAUGAUGAUGGUUCACUCUUGUCCUGCUCUUUGAAUGCUGCCUGUAUGGCUCUUAUGGAUGCAGGCCUGCCUAUGAGUUGUCUGUUCUGUGGAGUGACCUGUGCCAUCGACACGGACGGUCAAAUCAUCACAGACCCCACUGCAGCUCAGGAAAAGGAAAGUCGAGCUUUGAUGACCUUUGCUAUUGACAGUACAGACCGCAGAGUAAUGAUGUCGUUAACCAAAGGAUCUUUUUCAGUUCAUGAGCUGCAGCAGUGUAUAGCAGUCAGUCAGAAAGCAUCAGAGAAGAUCUUCCAGUUCUACAGAGAGUCUGUCAGGCGGCGAUACUCCAAAACCCUCUGAUGAAGAAGCAGCUCUUUUUUUUUCUUGUCUUUUUUUAAACAAUGUAACAAAUACUGAUGUUGUAAUAAAAUAUGUAGCAGCCGCUUUGAGCUACCUUUGCUUUAGUUCAGUUGUAGUCGGCUGUACUGUGGGUGAUUUUGGCGGGUGGUGGUGCAGGAUUUACAUUUGGACAUUUGUGAGAAGACCCGAUUGAACUGUCAGGCAGGGUGCAAAAUAAAAAGAGGAAAGACGAAUGUCAAA